AUGGUAGCACAAACAUUGGCAGAAGCAUUGGCGAAGGGGUCAGCUCCUCAACUCAAGGUUGACAUCGAUGCGCUACUCGAAAAAUUAACGUUGGAAGAGCAGAUCUUGCUGUUAUCCGGCAACAGCAACUGGGAAACAACACCCAUCGAACGACUUGAAAUUCCAGCAUUGAAGGUAUUUCUCAAGCUUCUGUCUAAUUGCUUGCGCUCUGAUUACCAGAGGUGAGAGCUAACCAUCAAUACAACAGAUCUGGGGUAGUUCAAAGGCUACAGGCGAGGAAAGCUUUUCCAACAGCAUAACCUCUCUUGGCUUUUCAUCUUAUAUGUCACUCGCUGCGACCUUCAAUGCGGAGCUUUUGUAUCGAGUAGGACAAGCAUUGGGCCAGUGCUUAAAAGCAAAGGGAAUGCAUGUAUUUCUUGGACCUGUAAGUUGGUCUAAGCAGUCUUUACUUGAUGGCCAAAAUACCGAUCGUUUUUCCGGGGGUCCUUUGCUCUCUGGAAUAAUGGCAGCAGAAAUUAUCAAGGGAUUACAAUCCGAACAAGUUGGAGCUGCUUUAGAGUGUGAUCCGAGUCCAGAACGCAUUGUGAAAGGUGUUUCGGGGGACAAAAGCGCAUGUGAACAAACACAUAGGUAUGCAUUAUUUCCCCCGCUCAGUUCGGAAUAAAGGUUCUUAAAAAGCAUGUAUAGAGAGUAUUUACAAGCUCUGAGGAUGGUUGUGAAGAACUCAGACCCUUGGUGUAUCAUGAGCAGGCCCGCCAGUACAAAACUUGGAAAACAAAUUCUACGGGACGAACUGAGGUAUGAUGGCUUGAUAAUGUCGGACUAUCACUCAGCGGCAUCCACUAUUGAAAGUAUUAAUGGAGGGUACAUAAGCCCCAGCUCUCUCGGAUUUUCAGAAGUUGACUUUCACAGGAUCGAUCUACACAUGCCAGGUCCAAUGAGCUCGAGCUCUAGAAAUCUUAUAAUGAAGGCAAUUGAAGGAGAACUAAUCAGCACAACAACCAUCAAAAGCAGAGCAAGAGCGAUUCUUCAACUCCUACAAAAAACCGGAAGAUUGACCGAGAAUUCAAACCUAGCUCAAGAAAAUAGAGACGUUCGAAGCGAGAAUGCCGAUUUGAUCAGAGAAGCCGAACUAGGUGGAUUUGUGCUGCUCAAAAACAAGGGAAAUAUCCUGCCGCUCGAUCAAGUCCAGCUGAAAAGGGUUGCUUUACUUGGUUCUCUGCCUGAGUACUCUGAACUACAUGAAGAGAACCAUAAAGGUGUUUCGCCACUUGAAUCAUUCAGCAAUAGACUCGGCAAGGAAGUCGAGAUCGUGUGCCCUGCUAAAGGUAAUACCUUAAACCCUCCUAGUUCACUUGCCAAUUCUGAUCUUUACAUCACCACAUCAGAAAUAAACUAUGGAUCCGCAAAUGAAAAAGAAAUAAAAGACGCCCACACAGAAGCCAUAUCAUUAGCAAACAACGCAGACUACACCAUAAUCUUCACCAAGACCACCAACCAAACAGAACUCAACGCACAAACCCAACUCAUCCCCCAAAUCACAAACUCAACCCCCAACACAAUCGUAAUAAAUACAUCAACUUCCCCGAUCCCCGUCCCAUGGCUACCAAACAUCGCAGCUUUCCUACAAACAUUCUACACAGGACCGGGAACCCUGAAUUCAAUUCUGGACAUCUUAUUAGGAGACGUCACUCCAUCAGGAAAACUCCCCUUCCCAUGGCCCCAAGACAACCCCCAAAACGAAGAAGAGGAAGAAGCUACCUCCACAACGCAAGCAAACCCACUCUUCCCCUUCGGCCACGGCCUAACCUACACAACCUUUACGCUCUCCAACCCCCGUCUCUUUGGAACCAUAAACCCCUCAAGCGAGGGGAUCACCAUCUCGCUCUUCGUGUCGAAUACCGGCUCGGUAGCAGGUUCGGAAACAAUCCAAGCUUAUAUUCCUCACAAGGGUACUUCUCAUUCUCCAUCUGAAUCCUCUACUUCUACAUCCGACACACAAGGCAAGCUCAUAGCAUUCACAAAGAUCUUUCUCGAGCCGGAAGAGAGAAGACUCGUGACGUUGAAUUUUGAUCGGGACGCGAUUACUAUAUGGGAUCUAGAGAGCGAUAAAUGGAGGGUGAAGGAAGGAACAUACGAGAUUCUUUUGGGAAACAGUUCAAGGAGUGAAGAUCUGUGUUCAAGAUUGGAAUUAGUCGUGAAAGAGAGCUUUAAUCUUGAUUUAUAA